AUGGACCCAGAUAAACAAAAUGCUCUUAAUAAUAUUGAGAAUUCCAUUUAUAGAACAGCCUUCAAAUUACGGUCUGUGCAAACUCUGUGCCAAUUGGACUUGGUUGACAGCUCCCUUAUCCAGUGCCUGCUAGCCUGCCAGCACUUCUAGGAUGCCAGGGAGCACGCCCUCUCGGAGCAGGAGCUUUUUCAGGACCUCCGGGAGUUGUUCCAGGGAGCCAGGGAGGAAAAGCCUGGACAGAUGGAUCCCUGAGUUUCAAAACUCAGUCUGAGCCUCCUUACAGUGAUGUACGACAGCACAGGGACGGGCUUUCUUAAGCUUGCUCCUGCAGCUGCUGCCCUGAUUGCAUUCACAAGGCACAGUCCUCUUACAAAGUACAGAGCUCUUUUUCAGCUCUAUGCAGAAAAUAAUAGAGGACAUUUUGAAUCUGGGGCACACAUGACUCGAAAGAGUUUGAGACACCUACUAACGGAUCUACAGCAGAUCCCAACUGUGGUGGGGGAGAGUCAUGCUCCUUGUUCUGUGGAAAGUGCUACACGCAGCUGUUUCCAAAGGGUGUUGAGCCCAGCAAUCAAAGAAGAUAAAUUCCUAAAUUGGUUGCAGUCUGAGCCACUCCUCCUUCUGUGGCUCCCCACCUUCUACCAUUUAUCAGUCACUGAAAUGGUCACUCACCCAGUUCGGUGUAGUAUCUGUAGAAACUUCCCAAUCAUCGGACAGAGGUAUCGCUGUUUGAAGUGCCUCAACUUUGACAUUUGCCAGGUGUGUUUCAUAUUUGGACUUUACAGCACGUCCCACCAGCAGUCUCAUCCUGUGAUAGAGCACUGCAUUCAGAUAUCUGUGAAGGAAAAUACAAAACUCCUGCUCAGGACCCUCAGAAACCAUCUGCUCCGAAGUCAAAGUAGGAGGAAAGAGGCCCAGAAAAGACAGUGGCUGCUGGACCAGGUGAAUCCAAAGGGUGUGGCUAACCACGCCCACUCCAGGUUCCUUAAAAAACAGUUAAACCGGUGCAAAGACAAGUUGCAAGCAAUAUACACCUCCCAGGAAGAAAAAAACUGCAGAUUUGAAGCAAAGAUUCACCAGCUCACAACCAACCAGGAUAGUCUAUGGACCAAACUGCAGCAGAUGGAACAGGAUCCCCAGGCAGUGUUGCGGUUACCUCACCCUUUAACUUCUUUCUGUCAAAAUAUGGCCUCAAAAAGUGACCAUUCUUUGGCUAAAAGGUUUUGGAGGAGAGGAGAUGCUUCCCAGAUCAAGAAUAGCACUGAGGAGGGCUCCAAAUGGGUACCUGUUCCUAAGCCCAUCAUGAUAGGCAGAAGUCACCCAAGUCAAACAAAUUCCGAACAUGGUCUACUACAUCCAGAGCCACCUGAUGCCAUCUUGCAGCUGAAGGCAGUGCAAAGCAGCGGGACACAAAGCCCAGCCCAAAAGAUGCCAAAGGAGACCCUACUCAGUGCUCAGGGAUGGUCUCGGGACACCCCCCAGUUUGUCCCUGAUGAAAUGAACAGUCCUGCUUUGGCACUUGCUGAAAGGGAAGAUAAGACCAGUAACAUCGAGGACAGAAAAGAUGAGCUGGAGGAAGAGCAACUGCAAGAACUGCUGUCAAAAUAUAUAGAUGCCUGCAUUCCUGAAAUGCCAUCAGAUCCGAAGUCUUCGGUAAGCACGGACCUGUAUUAUGGUGCUGAGCAGGUGAGCAGGGCCUUCUCUGCCCUGAUUGAUCAAAUUACCGUGCCCAACUUGAACUGA